AUGGCGGCACUACUCGAAGACUUCGACAAACUCGGACCUAGCAUGCUACUAUACCGUCCGACAGCCUCGUCAACAGCCCAGAAGGACCCAAAGCACCCGUCUCUCAUCGUCUUCUGCACCUUCAUGGGCGCCUCGCUCAAAAUCGUCGCAAAAUACGCCGCUGGAUACCAGAAGCUCUUCCCCGACUCGUCGAUUCUCCUUAUCCUUUCAAACCUCAAGGAGAGCUUCACCCUCGACUCACUCGAGGCGCCCCGGACCAAGCUAGCCAGCGACACCAUCCUCGACAUCAAAGCCUCGAGCCCUGGUCCCAUCCUCCUGCACGCCAUGUCGAACGGCGGCACUACAGCUGCUGCCCGCAUAACUCAACACCUCCACGACACCGGCCACCCCAACUCCAUCUUCACGCACACCAUCGUGGACUGUGCUCCCAGCCACGCUCGCCUGAGGGGUGGUGUCGAGGCCAUGUCCAUGCAAUUCCCACUCAAAUCCCAAAUCGCCAAGUGGCUCGCCUUCUGGACUCUCUACAUCACCAUGGGCACCGCGAUGUUCCUCUGGUGCGAUCUCCUGCGGCAGGAGAGCAUGGUGCAUAGACUGCGUCGGCGGUGGAACGAUGUCGGUCUCUUCGAUCCGAAGGCACCAAGGCUCUACCUGUUCUCGAAGAAGGACGCGCUGAUCCCGUACGAGGAUGUGCAGGACCAUGCUGAGGAGGCGAGGACGAAGGGCUGGAGUGAGGUCAAGGAGGGGCUUUUCGAGAAGGCGCCGCAUUGUGGGUUGAUUCUGGAGGAUCCGGAGCGGUAUUGGGGUGCGAUCGGACGGCUUUUGUCGGCAUGA